AUGGCGGGUGAACAUGAAACUGGAAAACCUAAACUGGGCAAAACUAACAAAACAAACCAGAGCGAAGAUGCGGGGAGUUAUGAGGAAAUACACAGAGAGACGGACGGAGAGACGCAGGGAGACCGAGGGGAACAACACAGACGAACCAGCCACGAGGACGGAAGACUCUCGGAGCAAAACAAAACAGGAGGUGUUCACAUUUUGCAAAGGAUGAAUGGAUGUGAAUGGGAUGAUGAGACUGAAGAGAUUAAUGGGUUCAAUCAGUAUGGAUAUGAUGGAGAAGACUUUCUAUCAUUGGACCUACAGACACUGACAUGGAUCACUCCAAAACCACAGGCUAUCAUCACCAAACUGAGAUGGGAUGCUGAAAAACCUAGAUUAAAUUACAAUAAAAACUUUUACAUACAUGAAUGCCCUGGGCUUUUAAAGAAGUAUGUGCACUACAGGAGAAACCUUUUGCAGACAGCAGUUCUUCCUUCAGUGUCUCUCCUUCAGAAGUCUUCCUCCUCUCCAGUCAGCUGCCACGCUACAGGUUUCUAUCCUGACAGAGCCGUGAUGUUCUGGAGGAAAGAUGGAGAGGAGCUUCAUGAAGGUGUGGAUCUGGGAGAGAUCCUUUCCAACAAUGAUGGGACCUUUCAGACGAGUGUUGAUCUCAAUGUUUCAUCAGUCACACCUGAAGACUGGGAGAGGUACCACUGUGUGUUUCAGUUCUAUAGUGUGAACAAUGACAUGAUCACUAAACUGGACCGAGCAGUGAUCAGGACCAAUAUGAAGAAUCCCACUGACAUUGGAGCUGCAAUCGUUGUUCUAGUUAUCAUUUCCAUUGCAGUUGUGGUAAUCGUGGCAGCUGUUACCAAAGAAGAAAGAUGGGUCCACACCAAUGAAAAGGGCAAGCCCCUUAUGCUCAGCCCUUGCACCAACAAAGGUAGGGCCUUAUUCCUUCAGGAGCAUCAGAUUCUGGUGAUAUAUGGUCUGCUGCCUCCCGAGGUGGAGACUCAGGAAAUUCAGGCCAGAAAAAUCUCAAAAAGUUACAUGAUCCUCUGGAGAAGUAGAUCUACCUGA